CUCGCCUUCUCUCUCCUCACUAAACUAGCAUAUAAAUCCAUAUCAUUUCUGUUCUUUCAUAUUAUUAUACAUACACUUCACCUUCUUCAUUUCUACGAAAUUUUCAUUCUAUAAUUCCUAAUAUUAUUUCACGUCCAUAUCAAGAAUUCCCGAUGACGAAGAAAAUGGUGUUAAAACUAGGAGUUCAUGAUGAAAAGGAGAAGAGGAAGGCCCUCAAAUCAGUUUCUUCUCUUACAGGGAUAGAGUCUCUGUCAAUGGACAUGAAGGAGAAGAAAUUGACAGUAGUAGGAGUAGUGGAUCCAAUUGAUAUAGUUGGAAAAUUGAAGAAACAUUGCCUUGCAGAGCUUGUGACAGUGGGGCCCGCCAAGGAGGAGGAGAAGAAGAAGGAUGAGCCUAAGAAAGAUGAACCCAAAAAGGAGAAAACAGAGGCUGAGAAAAUUGAAGAGCUUUUGGAGCUCUACAAGAAACAUAAUCCUUACUACACGCAGACUUACCGUGUUUACAGUGCUGAAGAAAAUCCUAAUGCUUGUGUUAUUUCUUGAAUUCAUAUGUCAUAGUAUAUAUAUUCAUCACAUGAUCACACAACAAAAAUAUUGUGAUUUUGGUGUCGAGUAUGAUAAUCCAGAGGGAAUAUAGAGAGUGCAUAGAAUAGAGAAUUAAUAAAGGAUUUGGAUGUAUUAAGUAGAACUUUGUAGAUGUACUAUAUUACAGUGUUAUGAAUUACAAAAUGAGUUAUACAAA